AUGCCGUCUCUUAACACGCUCCCCACGGAGCUGAUCUCCACCAUAUCGCAGCAGCUACCAGCGGCGAGCAAGAUCUCCCUCGCGCAGACCAACCGCCAGUUACGCAGCGCGCUCGGAGUGCCAAAGAAGCGCAACAUCAUCACGACGAGCGCGAUGCUCUCGGAGAGCGGCUUCCGCUUCUGCAAGCACUGCGCCAAGUACCGGCCUAGCUACCAUUUCCUCGCCGUGUACCCGCGGGCCCCACGCCGCUCCAUCGGCGUGUGUAUCACCUGCCACGCCGGCCUCGCUACCGGAACCCCCGAGAAUAGGGGCGUCUGGCUGUGGAAACGCCGCAUCGGCCAGUACCGCCACUGCCGAGAGCUGGUCGUCGGUGUGCGCGACGGAUUGCUGCCGAAGCAUGGCUGGGGCAGGGAGUGCUCCAACUGCAGUGAGUGCGGACUUUUCAUUCCAGCGACGAGACUGUUCUGCGCGUGCAAACCGCGCAGGGCGUUGGAUCUGAGGUGGGAGCUCCCGCUGAAAAAGAAGCGUCACUUGGCAUUCAGGGUUAGGCACUUGCUGGCGAAGUUGGAUAGGAAGUUACAUAUGAGUAGCAUGGUAGUUUUAUGCGAUUAUAUCCACGAGUUUGAUCCCUUAAAUCCUGAUUAUCACCUGCUCAAUGCAGACUAUUAG